AUGGCAUAUUCAAGAGAGUAAAAGAGAGUAUUGACCAUUCUCUUCACAAAAGGAGAUAGACAAGUCAAGUACAUCGAUGAAGUCAAUCAUUAUCUUGCUCCAUUGUACAAGAUCUUCUUAGGAAAGGAUCAAUUCUACCCAGCUUAUAAUGGUUAUUUGGCUAAUGUCCAAUUCUUUGCAUGUGAAAGUGCAUAUGAUCCCGAUUACAAACCCCCUGGAUAACCAGAAGUACCAAAGUAACCUGAAGUUCCAGUUAAGCCACCUGAGCCAUAAAAGGAACCAACAUGUUUGAAGGGUGACACAACCAUUGGUGAUAGUGCUUUUGAUUCAUAAAAACCAUUGGUAGAUUUUGUGUUAGACAAACCAGAAUAAUUGUAAGAUGUAAGAGAAUAUGGAUAUCAAUUCUGGAUGAGAUACAUGACUCGUCACCCUGUCCCAAUGUAUCAAGGUAAGAGAGCUCCUUGGUAUUUCGUUGCCAGAUUAUCAGGCAGAAAAGACUUUGAAGAUGUUGGAAAAGGUGAUAGAUUAUUGGCAAUCUAUUAAGGUCAAUCAGAAUAUACAUUCGCUACUAAUGAUCAUAAGAAUAACAACUUCAAUACAAUUGCUGGUCGCUUUGAAUUUGGAGAUAUUGAAGCAGUAUGGACCUUUGUUCAAUUCUCAUAUACUUCUGCAGGUAAAGUAGUUUCAUGGAUUUAAUAUGACAAUAGUGAACCAAAGACUUUUUCAGUUGCUGUUACACAUGACAAACCUGAAUAUUUGGAAUUUGUAUUAGGAGGUACCCAAGGCAAUACCUAUCCAGGAUUCAAUGGUCAAUUCACAUCUGUUGUUGUCAAAGUUGGAUAAGGCUCAUUCAUAGAAACAGCCGAAUAAUUCCGUAAGUUUGCCAUCAAUUGCAAUCCUAAACCACUCCCAGUUUGUAAUAAGGCUAAGGAAGUUGUGUUGAUUGAGAAGUCCAAGAGAUUUGAAGCUUAAAGCAGUGAAGUUAAUGAAAUCACAUCUCCAGAAGAGUAAGCAUUCCCAGAUGAAUACUUCGUUAGUGGUUGGUUCAAAUGGAGAUCAACAGUCAUGGAACCAUGGCAUUUAGCUAUUCGUCUUCAUCAAAAUAAGGGUAUGGAGAAUGCCAAUGCUGCCAAGUUGGGAGAUAGAACCAUAGGUGCAUUCGUUGGAAACAAUGGAAACUAUGCAAUCACAACCUAUACAUACACUAACUUGAAUGGUGAAGGUGAUCCAAAUAAAUAUGUUUAAGUGCCUUAUAAGGAUCAAUUAGCCUAAUGGCAUUUUGUGUUCAUCGGAUACAGUAGAGCUAAGAGAUAAGUUGUUGGUUUCUUGUAAUGGAAGGACAGAAAGGAAAAUAUUAACUUAGAGAACAUCAAUCAUUAUCUAACCAAUUCAGUUUAUGUCAAUGUAGGAAAGGAUAGAUUUUACCCAGCAUUCAAUGGACACAUUGGAUCAUUGAAAUUGUAAUUAUGCAGUGGAGCAUUCACACCAGUAUUCCCAGAAGAUCCUUAACCACCUUAGGUACCAUCUACUCCACCUCCUCCCAAACCAGUUGACCCAACAAAACCAGGUGAUCCUACUAAACCAAGUGAUCCAACUAAACCAGGUGAUCCCUCAAGACCAGAAGAUCCAGUUCAACCACCCAGACCUGCAGAUCCUGAAAUUGUCAGAAAGUGUGUUAGUGGUUAAGUUCAAAUUGGAGAUAUGCCUUCCAGUGGUGAUAAAGUUGUUGAUCUCAAGGUCACUGAGGAUAAAUUGGGAAGUGCAAUCGAAUACGGAUAUGGAUUUUGGACCAGAUGGCUCACAAGAUGGCCAGAUAAUCUCAUUAAAGGAGCCAGUGAACCAUGGUAUUUCAUUUCUAGAUUGACAAAUAAUGAUCCAUAUGACAACAUUAGAAUGGGAGACAGAUUAUUGGCUAUUUGGUUAGGUUAAGCUGGUUAUACAUUCAUCACAAAUGAUGUUGCUUCAGGCAAUCCUAAUCUUAAUAAAUAAAUACCUUAUGGAGAUAUUGAAGGUGUUUGGACCUAUAUUCAUUUCAGUUAUAAAUCAGGAUAAGCUGUUGGUGCUAUUAGAAUUGGAGACAAGACUCAAUUCACAGUUCUUGAUGCCAAACACGACUAACCUAAAUUCUUGAGAUUGAUUGUCGGUGGUUCUGAUCUCAAAUAAUAUCCAGGAUUCAAUGGUCAAAUCUCAUCACCAAUUCUUAAAUUAGGUGCUGGUUCAUUUGUAAAUACUGAAGAUGAUUUCAAUAAAUUCGUGUUAGCAUGUAAUCCAAGACCUGAACCAGAUUGCAAGGGCAAGACUGAAAGCAAAUUGAUUGAGGGUAUCAAGAAAUAUGAAUCUACCCAACCAGAUUUUUAUGAACAUGUUAGAGAUGAGAAAUCUCUCUUCCCAACUAUGUAUGGUAUUGGAGGUUGGUACAAAUGGGAACCAACAAAGUAGGAACCAUGGCAUUUAGCAUUUAGAAUUACAACAAAUGAUUAGAAGACCAAUAAGAAUGCUGAAAUAUUGGGAGAUAGAACACUUGCAGUUUGGUUAAGUGAUCAAUAAUUGUAUGCAUUUGCCACAUAUACUUAUACAAACAUGUUUGGAGCUGGAUAACCAAAUGCAGCCUAAGUCAUUAAACACUAAGAUAAACACACUGAAUGGCAUUAUAUUACAUUCUAAUACAACAGAGAGACCAGAGAAGCAUAUGGAUCCAUUGUGUUUAAGGAUGGUAAAUUAGAUUUGAAAUUCCCCAAUACAAACCAUUACUUGGUUCCAGUGUUGAGAAUAUUGAUAGGAAAGGAUCAAUUCUACCCAGCAUUCAAUGGAUACAUUGCUGAUGUGAUAUUUGUUAAUUGCCAAGAUCCAUACAAUCCACAAUUCACUCCAGGAAACCCACCUGAAUUACCAAAACCACCUGUUAUUCCAGUUGAACCACCUUAGCCAUUCCCAGAACCUAAAUGCUAGAUGGGUGACGAAACUGUUGUGGAUUCUGCAUUUGAUGAUUUCAAACCAUUGGCUGAUAUUGAAGCAACUCCAGAGAAUUUGAAGGACAUCAGAGAAUACGGAUACUCAUUUUGGGUUAGAUAUUUAAGCAGACAUCCUAAACCAAUGUAUUAGGGCAAGAGUGAACCAUGGAAUAUUAGAAUGUUGAGAAGGGAGACAGAUUGUUGGCCAUCUGGUAAGGUCAAGGAGCUUACACAUUUAUUACCAAUGAUUAUAAGACCAGUAAUUGGAAUGCAGCCAAGAACAUUGAAUAUGGAGACAUUGAAGGAGUUUGGACAUAUAUUCAUUUCAGUUACAGCAGUGUUACAAGUCAAUCAGUUGGUUUUGUUAAGGUACACAGGCAAAGAACCAUAAUCAGUCACAUUUGAUGUCACUCAUGAUAAACCAACAUUCUUAAGACUCGUCAUCGGAGGAUCAGAUCUCAAAUUGUAUCCAGCCAUCAAUGGUCAAUUAACAAGAGCUGUCUUUAAGAUUGGUGCUGGUGCUCAUCUUGACACUGUUGAUGAAUUGAAUAAGUUCGCAUUGGCUUGCAAUCCUCAACCUAAGGAAGUCUGCUCCAAGGCUGUUGAAUAAGUCCUCAUUCAAGAAUCCAAGAAGUUCGAAUUAGCCAAGUCUACAGUGUUGGAAAUCCCAUCUGAUCCUGAAGCUGCUUUCCCAUCUGAAUACAGUGUCUCUGGUUGGUUCAAGUGGAAGGAAACAACUAUGGAAUAAUGGCAUUUGGCCUUCCGUCUCCACAUCAACAAGGAAGAAGCAAACAAGAAUGCUGAGAGAUUGGGAGAUAGAACAUUGGCUGCCUGGGUUUCACCAGCUCAAGAUGGUAUUUACGCCUUUGCCACUUACACCUAUAAGAAUUUGAAUGGAGCUGGAGAACCAAAUCUGGCCAAGGUCAUCCCUCAAAAACAACAAUAAACCAAUUGGCAUUUCAUCUUCUAUGCUUACAACAGAGAUACCAGAAAGGCAGAGGGAUACGUUCAAUUCAAGGACAGAAAGGAAACCAUACUCUUUGAAAAUGUCAACCACUUCUUGGUGCCGUAAGUUUACUUGAACAUUGGUAAAGAUCGUUUCUAUCCUUCAUGGAAUGGUCAUAUUGGUAAAUUCAGAAUGAAUCUAUGCGGUGGAGCCUCCAGACCUGUUUUCCCCAAUGAUAUUGAUGUUCCUCCUCCCGUGACCCCAACUCCAAAACCACCUGUCUCUGAAACUAAAGAAAUCUGUCUUAUCAACACUAAAUUGGUAGAGGUUACCAAGAACAACGUCAAAGAUGUUAUCAAAUAACUUGAAGCUCUUGAAAACUCAGAACCUACUGAAAAGACAUGCUAUUGUACUGUCCCCAAGAAGGCCUCCAUGUUUAUUGAGCUCUAUGGAGAAGAAUUAUCCAAUCAUGUCGACAACCCAGUCAUUUAAAGAUUAAUAGCUCAAAAUCAGGUGCGUUUGAGGAUAUGA